AUGUCAAAUAAUAUUACCAUCGAUAGUAAUUAUAAUCCGGAUGAAAAUUAUAUUUCUUACACUUCUGUUUACGGAGCAAACACUGAAGUGCCUAUGACGGCUUUACAACAAUUUAUGAGAAUAAAGAUUAACCAAGCGGUCGUUUAUGGAACCAGAAUUGGUAUUGCUGGCAUUGUUAUGCUUAUCCUCUUCAUUGUCACUAAGAAUAAAAAAACACCCAUUUUUAUCAUUAACCAAAUUUCCUUGAUCCUGACUAUCAUUCAUUCAGGAUUAUUUUGUAGAUACUUAUUAAGCCAUUAUUCUUCAAUUGUUUUUAAUUUAACUUUAUUUCCUCAAUACGUUCCAAGAAAAGAUGUUUAUCUAUUUGGCGCCACAAAUAUGAUCCAAGUCUUACUAGUUGCUUCUAUUGAAUUCAGUUUAGUAUUCCAAAUUAAUACCAUUUUUAGAAAUGUCCAAUAUAAAAAAAUAGGUGUUAUUAUUAGUGUUGUAUCUGGCGCGCUUGGUGUCACCACCGUGGCCAUGUAUUUUAUUACAGCUAUUAAAUCUAUGAUUAAUGUUUAUGCUUCUGUACUUCAAAAGACUGAUCAAUACUAUUUUAAUGUUGCUAAUAUUUUGUUAUCCUCGUCUAUAAAUUUUAUGACAUUUCUAUUAUGUGUUAAAUUGGUCAUGGCUAUUAAAACAAGAAGAUAUCUAGGAUUAAGACAAUUUGAUAAUUUCCAUAUUUUGUUAAUUAUGUCAAGCCAAACAUUAAUUCUUCCAAGUAUCUUAUUUAUAUUAUCAUAUGCUUUAGGUGAUGUGGGCACCACAAAUUUAGUUUCAAUUGCUGUAUUGUUUGUUGUUAUUUCUUUGCCGCUAUCAUCCAUGUGGGCAAACGUUUCCAAUACAACCUCUGAUCUCACGUAUUUCACGGCCAAUUACUCACCAACAACUAGUUAUAGUCAGAGCAAAUCUUUUUUUUCGGAAAAUAGUUCAACUCAAGAAAGUGCAGUAGAUACAAAGUCAAAAUUUAAAUUAUUAAAUAAAUUAAAAAAAAAAACAAAACACACCUCUGAGGUUAGUAUUGAUAAGAGCAUAGAAUCAUGUUUUGAUGAGAAUGAAACCCCUGUAAAUACUAAAAGUACCAUUUUUAUGGAUAAAAAUCCAUCAAAGGAAGAGUUGUUUCUAGAAGAUUUAGAAUUACAAACUGCGACUACUUCAGGUGACGUUUCUUCACAUUUUUGGACAACUGAACUAGAAAGUAGUAAACCCGAUACGUUUGAAGGUGGCUCAUGCUCCCAAAAUGAUAACUAUUUUUUGAAAUCAUCAAAUAAUGUUGCCGCUUACGACCAUCAUGCUGAUGAAAUGGUACAUUCCAAGAUUCUUAUGAAAAGAAAUCCGUGA